AUGAUUCAUCAAAAUCUAACCUUUGGUAAUCUUAUAACUUCUAAUCAAUUGGAAAGACUAGUAAAGCAACAGAAAAUAUUACUCAAAUCUCCAUAAGACAGGAAUGAAAAAAAAAUGAAACCUAAAAGAUUAUUUAGAUCAACUAGUUUCAAGACUGAACAACAUGCUCUUUUAUUAUUAACACCUAAAAAAUAACUUUCAAAGAGUCCUAUGCUAUUGAAACCACCAAUUGAAAAGAAUGCUCUAAAGAGACUCCCAUCUAAACCAAAUCCAUUUGAAACAUUAGGAAAGAGUGAAAAAUCAAUAAGCAGUACUCAAAGAAGAAGCAGUGCUCCAAUUCCAAAAAUUACCAGAAGGUGGAGUUACCAUGAAAUUUUAAGUGAAAAAUAAAGGCAUCUUAAUAACAAAGCACCUAAAACAAUUGUAAAAUAGCAUCAUUACAAUAUAGAAAAAGCUAAAAAGAAAAAGUUUAAUCGAUUGAGAAUGUAAUAUAGUAAUUAUUUUCUUUAAAUAAAGAAUUCAUUAGUAGACUACAAAAAAAUAAAAUUAAGAAACUUCGUAGUAAAACACUUCCUUUACCUAUAUUGAUUCGAAUGACACAUACUAGAGCUAAAACUAUGCCUGAUGAAUAACAUCAUGGUCCUAUUUUGAAUUUGGAUGAUUCAUUAAAAAGAAAAAUAGCACUCUUAAUUAUGUUAAGAAAAAGUGCCCGAAGAAGAAAUACUUGCUUCUAAAUACCAAAAAAAAGUGUAUUAGUUUCAAAAGAAAAAUUAAUUAAUUACUAAAAAUAAAUUUCUGAAUAUAUAGUCAAAACAUAAUAAGAGCCUGAAAAUCAAGUUGAAUUUUCUCCUGCUUUAGAUUAAAUUCGAGCAUAUCAAAGAAGAGUGAACUUUACUGAUAGAAAAUAAUCAUUGAAAAUUAAUCAGAAAAAAAAAAAGAGUUUGGUCUCAGAUAUGCUUAAAAAACAAUCCAAUAGUAUCAUCAAAUCCUAUUUAUCAAAUAAGGCUGUCACAUUGAAUUCAGAACAUUAAUCGUUAAUAUUUAAGCCAUUAAAUGAAUUGAUUCAAAAAAAAACACCAACAAUUCAUGAAAAAAUUGUAAAUAAUUAAUCUUGGUCAGAUAAAAGUUUGAUGAAAAGAAGACCAAAUUUAUUAAUUAAAUUAUAACCUUAUUUAUAAAAAUAAGUAGUUGUUAAAUGA